CCAUGAAACCAAGACAACCACUUGGGAGGAUCCACGAAAAGCUGUCAACAUCUCAUCGUUACUAGGAUCCAGAAGUUCAAACCCUCCAGUGUCCAGCUCAGGUGGAAAUCUUCCACCAGUGUAUGUUCAAAGCCUUGGACCACUGCCAGAUGGUUGGGAACAAGCCACCACCCCUGAAGGAGAAGUGUAUUUCAUCAACCACAAAGAAAGAAUUACAAGUUGGUUUGAUCCAAGAAUUAUGCAACAACUUGGAAACUUACAACUUGCACCAACACAGCUACAACAGACUGUGGUUCCAUCCCAACAACAGCUGGAGGCACAAGUCAGUUCUACCAGUAACGGAACACUCGCUGCUUCAACCACUGUUACUACUGUUACUGCAGCUCUACCUACUGGUGCCACGUUGCAGCAGCAACAACAACAAAAAUUAAGACUCCAGAAACUCCAGAUGGAGAGAGAGCAGCUCCGUAUGAGACAGCAAGAAAUUUUACGACAGGAAAUGUUGUUGAGACAAAGCUUAGGAGAAGAGAAUCCAUCACUUCCAACAUCUCCAACUGGAAAUGUUCCCACAUUAACAUCCCCAGGUGGCACUGGUCUUGAUCCAUUUUUGGCAGGAACAGAUUUCCACAGUCGACAAGAGAGUGGUGACAGUGGCCUGGGACUUGGCUCAAACUUUAGUCUUCCCCAUACUCCUGACAACUUUCUUGUGUUAGAUGAAACUGGAGAUCCUCGUCAACAAGUGGGGACUGAACUUGGCCCUGAGGCGUUGCAAAAUACAAACAUAGAUUUAGGAAUGGAAAACAUGGAUUCUGAUGAUUUGAUGCCUAGCCUUCAGGAAGAUUUCAUGGAGCAUAUUUUGUCUGAUGUACUUAAUGGUAACAGGGACAAUGUGAUGACCUGGGUAUAAGUACAGGCAAAUAUCAAUACUUUACAAUCAGAUGGAGAGUAUCUUGGUACUGGAAACACCCAUGAACAAAUAAAACAAGAUCCUCUCUCUACAAUCUUAAUAUGUAAAGAUUUACUUUCCUUAUAAUUGGAAAGAAGAUAGUUUUAACAGGUCUUUGGGUUUAGAAGAUAUUUCCCCUCAUCUUUGAGAUGUGAUAAUGUUAACCAUCAUUUAAAAUGUUUUAAUAUGUGUAGUGACUUAUUUUUUUUCAUCAUGUGCCUUACUAUAUUUUUUCAUUCAUAAGCUAUCAGGUUUUAUUGGUUACUGUUACAUAAGGUUCUGAAGUUUCUUAAGUGUCAUACCUAGGUGUUCUAGGUUUUUUGUAAGUGCCUUAGUUCCCCUUCACCCUUACAAUUGCAAAAUAUACAGGUUGAUUCUCUACUUAACAUUGUAGCCUGACUGAAAACUAAUGAUGAUAUAAAAAUCAAUAUUUUUCUAUUCUACAGUAUAGCUGUAGUAAAGCUUGGAUCUUCAGCUAAAUAUUCUACUGUGCCAAGCUUAAAACAGCUAUUGGUUUUGAUCAUAAAAAUUUCAAAAAAAGCACUUUACAAAAACAAAACUAUGAAUUUUCCAGCCUUGUACUAUCCUGCCAUUGCUUUUACACAAAGCAAGCAGUCCAUAGUAUUAUGUUUUGUUGCUUUAUAAAAAGGUUUCAAACUUUAACAAACCAUGAGUUAAGGUAUGUAGAAAUCUUCAGCUUUGAAUAAAUAUUUCAAAGUAAAAAUCUGAAUGUGCUGGAAAUACUAGAUUUACAGGGCUUUUUUUUUUAACAUUUUUCCAGAAUGAUGGAUUGUUGUCAAUGUUUGUUAUGUAGCAUAUACCUAAUAAAAAGACUGAAAGUUCUAUAUGAGAUGAGAGCAUUGUUAGGUAGCACUGUUACAGAUCACAGAAUUUCAUAAAAUACAUCCCCUGCUAACCACUUGGUACAGCAUUAUGAGAAUGCUGCCUCAACCACUUGUUGAUUAAAACAUUCCUAGUGUUUGAAAUCUGAUGUUUACAUGAAAAUCUGCUUUGCAGCUAUCAAAACUAUGGUAUAUUUUAGGCACAAAUUAGUGGAUUAAGGAGUUUUAACUGUCAUGAUUGCUAAUCAGCAAAAUUUAUUUCUCAUUUUUUGUGUAUAAUAUCUAAUCAUGCCAUGUUCCACCAAAAGAUACAAGAAUUAUUUUAGUACACAAAUUUACUGUACAUUUCCCUAUUUUAGUUUCUUGCCAUGACGUGACAAUAAUGGUUAAGAAAUUUAGAAUGGUGUUUGUUUUUAAACAGGUUAUUUCAAAUCAACUUUGGUGUACAUACUGGUGUGUGGAAAACUUGAUAUUUAUGUCUUUAGGGAUAAUUCAGCCAUGUAUAUAUACAUAAAAAAAAAUAAACAUUUUUUUCUGUUGUA